AUGAAGGCAAGACGUGUGGGCUGGUCAAGGAUGAAACAUAAAAUUACGCCACCUAUUGUUACUGGUCCACCUGAGUUUGAAAUGACGUUUCGUGCACACCAGAAUAGUGUAGAGUCAUAUUCCAUAUUCUUGGUGGUAUUGUGGAUCUCUGACAUCUUUUUCAAUAAAGUUAGGUUAAAUAGUGUGUUUCUGUAAUUAUUUCUAUAACAAUGAUAAAGCAAUACAGUAUUUAAUGGUGGACCAAAAAAGGAACAAAUAUCUCAACAUCAGACUUUUCUGAAUAAUUUAAUUCAAAUUUUCAAAAUAGUUUUCAUCAAUUUAUUAAACAAAAGUCAUAUAAAAUGUAUACUCACAUUAUGCAUGUUUCAGAAAAACUUGAUGUGUAUAUGUUUUAUGUGUCAGUUUAUUCUAAGAUUUAUAUUACAGUAUUAAUUCAGAGGACCCAGUUAUAAACUAUAAAUGACUAAAUUACUGCUAUUCACUUGUUGAAAGCAUGAUCUUAAGUGGAUGUCAUUUGGACUGAAUUGGAAUGCUAAUAUAUUUUGUAAGUAUGUACAGUAUGAGAACUAGUUCGUCAAAACUGACAGAUUUGUCCUGACCCACACCAAAAGAUUUAAUUUGGAUGUGAUCAAUUCCUGACCCAUUGCCAUCUGAC